UGAGUCUCUCGCUCGCUCUUCCGCUGCGUCUCUGACUUGUUCUCCUCGUCUCUUUUCUCUUUUCCUCUCUUUCUCUUUUCUCAUUUCUGUCUCUCUGUCUCCUGUCUGACGGACUUGGCAUCCAUAUCUUGUCUCACCCCUCUCCACUUUCAUCGCCCUUUCUCUCUUCUCUGUCCAAUCUUCAGCCAUGAAUCCUAUGGGUAAUAUGGGAGGUCCCGCAGAGGCUCCGAGGAGAGCUCAUCUCUACGUCGGCAACCUCAGCCCCCGCGUCACCGAAUACAUGCUCACUGAGAUUUUUGCUGUCGCCGGCCCCGUCCAGCAUGUCAAGAUCAUUCCGGAUCGUAACUACCAGCAUGGUGGCCUCAACUACGGCUUCGUCGAAUACCUUGAUAUGCGCGCUGCCGAGACCGCCCUCCAGACCCUCAAUGGGCGUAAAAUUUUCGACACCGAAAUUCGUGUGAACUGGGCAUACCAGGGCCAACAGAACAAGGAGGACACUUCUGGUCACUUCCACGUCUUCGUCGGUGAUCUCAGCCCGGAGGUCAACGAUGAAGUGCUUGCAAAGGCAUUCGCCGCGUUCGGCACCAUGUCGGACGCACGCGUCAUGUGGGACAUGAACUCCGGAAAAUCUCGUGGUUACGGGUUCCUUGCCUUCAGGGAUAAAACCGAUGCCGAGCAGGCUAUCGCCACCAUGAACGGCGAAUGGCUCGGCUCGCGGGCCAUCCGUGUUAACUGGGCGAACCAGAAAACUCAGGGAGCCCCUGCAGUAGGUGCUGGUGCUCCUGCUCCUCGUCCUGGUGGCGGCGGCGGCGUCGGAACGGCGCCCGCUCCGAUCAACUUCCAGGGUGGCCCGCUCUCGUACGAAUCCGUCGUCCAGCAAACGCCCUCGUACAACUCCACCGUCUACGUCGGCAACUUGGUCCCGUACUGCACUCAGGCCGACCUCAUCCCGCUCUUCCAGUCCAUCGGCUAUCUGUCCGAAAUCCGCAUGCAGGCUGACCGUGGGUUCGCGUUCGUCAAGCUGGACACGCACGAACACGCGGCCAUGGCCAUUGUGCAGUUGCAGGGUCAGAUGGUCCACGGUCGUCCGAUCAAGUGCAGCUGGGGCAAAGAUCGCACGGACGGACAGGCCACCGCGAUGAGUCCCACAGCAACGGCGGCGCCGUACGGCAACAUGCCGAUGUAUGGGAUGCCGCAACCACCCAAUACGUACGGCCAGUACGGCUUCGGCGGGUAUGGGGGCUUCCCCAACCAGGCGCCUGGGGCUGGUCCAGGCAGCCCCGGCAUGCCGCAGCCCUCGCCGGGUGGCGCUGCUGGCGGUAUGGGACUUGGUGCCAACACUCAGCCUGGCGCCGUAGAUCCCUCUGCUGCUGCUGCUCAGGGUGCUCAGGGUCAGUGGCCUGGCGGAGAUCCCAGCUCUUACUACUCGAAUUACUGGGGCGGCUACUAUGGUCAGCAGGCUGCUGGCCAGCAGGGUGCUAAUGGGCAGGGCCAGGGUCCUGCCUAAGCUCUGGGAGUCAUGACACGCAAUUGCUUUUUUUCGUCUCACCAAACUCAAUGUAGCCAUGCGAACGUCAACAAACUGUCCCCUCGAACUUUCCAUCCUUGCCCACUAUCUGCGUGUUCAAAUGUUCAAAAUGAAUGAAGAAGCAACAUCACUGUACUUCCGAGAACACUCUUUAUUUUCUCUUCUUUAACACCUAUUUUUCUUUCUUAUUCCCUUUAACAGUAACCGUGCUCUCUGUUUCUGCUAAGGCUUUAUCUCUUUGUUUCUUUAUUUUAUCCAGUUCCCAGCUCUGUUUAUUCUCUGCGGUAGAUGAGCUGACCAUCACAACUGUUGUUUUCUUCCACUUGUGCUCGGUGAUGACUAGUCUUGACAUGUCUAUUGCACAUGCAUUAGAAUUCACUGCUCAUCC